CGGAGAGCGCGCGCAGGCGUAAAAGGCGGAGGAGGCGCCGGCUCCAGUCCCUCCUUCCGGUCUUCGUCCACUUUCUCCCCGCGCUCUGGUCGCGGCAGCAGGUGACCGCCUCCCCAACCCAGGGGGCAGGGGGCAGGGGGCCAUGGAGAAUGCUAACGGCACCAAGCAGAGCGUGACUGAGGACUCGAGUCCGGCCGAGGGGCAAACCGGGAGCACCACUCCGCAGGGAGAGCAGGGGCAGCUGCUUUAUCACGAGGAAACCAUUGACCUCGGUGGAGACGAGUUUGGGUCUGAAGAGAAUGAGACUAUAUCAGAAGAUUCUAAUAAUUUCGUAGAUAAGCUUAAUGAGCACCUGAUGGAGAGCGUCCUCAUUUCUGACUCUCCUAAUAAUAGUGAAGAUGACUCAGGUGACCUUGGCUGUUUGCAGGAUGUUGUGGAGCCUGCAGAAGGCAGCGCUGGUCCCACACUGGAAAGUCUCGGGGACGAAGGAGCAGUGGACACCCUGAGCAAGGACAGUGAAAGUGACGGAGAGGAUGUGUCUAAAGACAUCUCUGACACGACCCCGGACCCAGACCACAACCAAGUCAAAGGUGUGCCCGCCUUGGGAGAGGAGGGUGCAAAGGACCCUGGCCCAGGGGACGGGAGCACUCACCCGGAAGGGCUGGGGUGCACCCCACCUCCGAGACAGUCCCCUCCCACUGAGGAGCCCGUCCCGGUGUGCACCAUCUUCAGCCAGCCGCUUCCCGCCCGCUCCCAGCCGCCCCUGCUCCUGCGGGAUGGCUUCGAGCCCCAGAUGGUGAAGUCUCCGAGCUUCAGUGGUGCGAGCGAAACGGUGGCCAAGACCCCUCCCCAGGCUGUGCAGCCAAGCCCCAGCCUGAGUAAAUUUUUUGGUGAUCCUGCCAACACUAAUUCCUUGGCCUCAGACUUCUUUGAUUCGUUCACGACUUCCACUUUCAUCUCCGUCAGUAACCCCCAUGCAGGUUCUUCAGCUCCAGAAAAACUGUCUUCGCUCUCCACUCCGGGGGGAGAAAGAUCCCCAGGUGCCGCUGAGCCUUCUCACUCUCCAGGGAUCGAAAAGUCAAAAGCAGGUGUUUCCCCAGCUUCUGUAGAAAUCUCUCAGUCUCCAAAACCGUUUUCACAGAUCCAGGCUGUGUUUGCGGGGAGCGAGGACCCCUUUGCCACGGCCCUGAGCAUGAGCGAGAUGGAUCGCAGAAGUGAUGCCUGGCUCCCCGGGGAGGGGACCAGGGACGUCCUGAUUUCAGUAGCCACCCAACAGUACAGCACAGUGUUCGUAGACAAGGAGAGCCUCACCAUGCCAGGCCUCAAGUUUGACAACAUCCAGGGGGAUGCAGUUAAAGACCUGAUGCUUCGCUUCCUGGGUGAGAGAGCCGCAGCGAAGAGACAGGUCUUAAAUGCCGAGUCCGUAGAGCAGACUUUCGUUGGGUUGAAACAGCUAAUUAGCUGCAAAAACUGGAGGGCAGCGGUUGACCUCUGCGGGCGCCUUCUCACGGCCCACGGCCAAGGCUACGGCAAGAGCGGGCUGCCCACCAGCCACACGGCAGACUCCUUACAGCUUUGGUUUGUGAGGCUGGCACUGCUGGUGAAGCUGGGCCUUUUCCAGAAUGCUGAGAUGGAGUUUGAGCCCUUUGGAAACCUGGACCAGCCUGAUCUCUAUUACGAGUACUACCCUCACGUAUAUCCUGGGCGAAGAGGCUCCAUGGUCCCCUUUUCGAUGCGGAUCUUACACGCAGAGCUUCAGCAAUACCUGGGCAAUCCACAGGAGUCCCUGGACAGACUGCACAAAGUGAAGGCCAUCUGCAGCAAGAUCCUAACAAAUUUGGAGCAAGGCUUAGCUGAAGACGGAAGCAUGAGCAGCAUCACACAGGAGAACAGACAAGGUCAGUGGCCAGACUUUUCAUUAAAUAAUUAUCGAGAGUUGUCAGAAGAUUCGGCCCCCAAAGCUUUUCUUGUGUCUCAUCCUUUGCAUUGGUCCUUGCAUGCAUUCAUUUGCUCGUUCCUGUUUUGGGAAGCCAAGCACAGGCCUGGCACUAGAGCCGGGGUUUGUGGGGGGCCUGAUACAAGCCAAGGGCCGUGUCCCCGGCAACUCCACCCGGUGACUUGGUCGCACCUGAGAGAGGACUACGUGCUGGCUGUGGAUGCUUAUCACUCGGUUAUCCAGUAUUACCCAGAGCAGGAGCCACAGCUGCUGAGUGGCAUCGGCCGGAUUUUCCUUCAGAUUGGAGACAUCAAAACAGCUGAGAAGUAUUUUCAAGACGUGGAGAAAGUAACCCAGAAAUUGGAUGGACUACAAGGCAAGAUAAUGGUUUUAAUGAACAGAGCGUUCCUUCACCUCGGUCAGAAUAACUUCGCAGAAGCCCACAGAUUCUUCACAGAAAUCCUCAGGAUUGACCCAACAAACGCCGUGGCCAACAACAAUGCCGCCGUGUGUCUGCUCUACCUGGGUAAACUCAAGGACUCCCUCCGGCAGCUGGAGGCCAUGGUCCAGCAGGACCCCAAGCACUACCUGCACGAGAGCGUGCUCUUCAACCUGACCACCAUGUACGAGCUGGAGUCUUCUCGCAGCAUGCAGAAGAAGCAGUCCCUGCUCGAGGCGGUCGCCGGGAAGGAGGGGGACAGCUUCAACACCCAGUGCCUCAAGCUUGCAUAGGACACUCGCCCUCUGGAGCCCCCAGGGCCUCUGAAUGGUGGACACGGGUGCUAACAGAGGAACACGACUGACGGAGUCAAUAAAAGCUUUCACGCGUGCCGGGGAGCAGUCUUCUUCAUCCGGAGCCACGCAGAGGCCCGCACUGUCCGGCCGUUUGUCAGACUCCAGCAGACCCCGUGCCCACAGCUCUGCCGGAGGUUAGGAGUCCGGGGGCGAACAUGCGCUGUGGGUGGCGGGCACGGGCAGCAGCGGCUCUGGGGUGGCCCUGGGUCCCUUUUGUUUAUUCUUGGAAGCUGAGCUGCUUCAUCUCGUAAUUCUGAAUAUCCUCAGAGAAAAGGUGAAAAACCAACUAUUCUCACUCUGUAGAUCCUCCAGUACGUCUGGGCAUAAAGGCAGAGAAACACCAAA